AUGCCCGUCAAGUCGCCUUAUCCAGAUUUCGAAAUCCCCGAUAGCGAUAUCUGGUCGUUCCUGUUUGAACGGAAAGAUCGCGCCUUUCCAGAUGACAAAGAAAUAUUUGUCGACGCCGAUACCAGACGGUCAUACACAUAUGCUCAACUCCGCGACAGCGCAGUGAGCUUUGCCCACGGUCUCAAAGCAACAUGGAACUGGAAAAAGGGCGAUGUUCUCGUCAUCUUCUCUCCAAACUGUGUGGACACACCAACCGUCAUGUACGGCGUCGCCUGGACCGGUGGCGUCAUUUCUCCCGCAAACCCGACAUAUACCGUAGACGAACUGGCUUUUCAGCUAGGCAACUCCGACGCAAAGGCUCUUGCGACGCAGCGCGCAUUACUCCCCAUUGCGCGCGAGGCUGCGAGGAAAGUUGGCCUGCCCGAAGAUCGGAUUAUAUUAAUCGGGGACGAGAGGGAUCCGACCGGCAGGGUUAAACAUUUUACGUCUAUUCGGAAUAUAUCCGGCACGACGAGGUUUCGUCGGCAGCGCGUUGAUCCGAAGAAGGAUGUUGCGUACCUGGUGUACUCGUCUGGUACCACGGGCUUGCCGAAGGGUGUUAUGCUUUCGCACAGGAAUGUGGUUGCCAAUAUUCUGCAGUGCAAGAAUACCGAGGGGAGAUAUCUUUCGUGGAAUGGCAAUGCAGAUGGGAAAGGAGAUCGCAUGCUAGGACUUUUACCAUUUUUCCACAUUUAUGGUCUCACGUGCAUCGUUCACGUCAGCGUACACGCUGGAUAUUCCGUGUUUGUUAUGCCAAAAUUCGAGAUUGAAAAAUUCUGCUCCCACGUACAAAACUACAAAAUCACAUUCAUAUUUGUCGCCCCUCCCGUUAUCCUCCUGCUAGGCAAACACCCCAUCGUCGACAAAUACGACCUGUCUUCCUUGAGAAUGCUGAAUUCCGGCGCAGCACCACUCACCCGCGAACUCGUCCAAACCACCGCUGCACGAAUCAAAGUCCCCAUCAAACAGGGAUACGGACUAACCGAAACCAGUCCUACGACGCAUACCCAAACCUGGGAAGACUGGGACAAGGAUAUCGGUUCCGUGGGUCAAUUGCACCCCAACAUGGAAGCCAAGUACAUGUCCACACCUGACGACGAUUCGGAGCCUCAAGAAGUCCCCGUCGGCCAAGUAGGCGAACUCUGGAUGCGCGGUCCAAAUGUUUUUAUGGGGUACCACAAAAACAAGAAAGCGACUGAUGGCUGUCUGACUGCAGACGGCUGGUUCAGGACUGGCGACGUCGGAUAUCAGGAUAAGGAUGGCAAGUUCUUCAUUACGGACCGCAUCAAGGAGCUGAUUAAGUACAAAGGCUUUCAGGUUGCGCCAGCUGAGCUUGAAGGUAUCCUUCUUGAUAAUGAGUUGAUUGAUGAUGUUGCCGUGAUUGGAGUGUAUAGUGAGCAACACGCUUGCGAGGUUCCGAGGGCAUAUGUUGUUCGAGGCAAGGCUAGUAAAGCCUCCGGUGUCAGCGAGGCUGAUGAGGCAGCAAAGAUUGUUGCUUGGAUCCAUGACAAAGUCGCGCAACAUAAGAGGUUGAGAGGUGGUGUACGGUUCGUGGAUGCUGUUCCCAAGAGUGCCAGUGGUAAGAUAUUGCGGCGAGUGCUCAAGGACCAGGCCAAGAAGGAAGAUGAGAAGCCAAAGGCUAAACUAUAA